AUGGCUGCUGACCGUGCUCCUCCUCUCCGCCUGGGCUCCGUUGCCCCCAACUUCGAUGCCGAUACCUCCAACGGUCCCAUCAACUUCCACAACUUCAUCGGCGACAAGUGGACCAUCCUCUUCUCUCACCCCGAUGACUUCACCCCCAUCUGUACCACCGAGCUGGGUGCUUUCGCCAAGCUCGAGCCCGAGUUCACUGCUCGUGGUGUCCAGCUGAUUGGUCUUUCCGCCAACGACACCUCGUCCCACCACCGCUGGAUCAAGGAUAUCGAUGAGGUCUCCGGCUCCCAGUUGAAGUUCCCCAUCAUCUCCGACCCCGAGCGCAAGGUCGCCUACCAGUACGACAUGGUCGACUACCAGGACACCACCAACGUCGACUCCAAGGGUCUGGCUCUGACCAUCCGCUCCGUCUUCAUCAUCGACCCCUCCAAGAAGAUCCGCCUCAUCCUGACCUACCCCGCCUCCACCGGCCGUAACACUGCUGAGGUUCUCCGUGUUGUUGAUGCUCUUCAGCUCACCGACAAGAAGGGUGUCACCACCCCCAUCAACUGGCUCCCUGGUGAUGAUGUCGUCAUCCCUCCCCCAGUCUCCACCGAGGAUGCCCAGAAGAAGUUCGGUGAGGUUCGCGUUGUCAAGCCUUACCUCCGCUUCACCAAGGACCCCAGCCAGCAGUAA